AUGGAAACCUUAGCACUGUUCUUCUUGUUCUUGCUCUUUUCCUUUACACAACCAGUUUUAUGUGAUGAUAGUUGCAGCUCUGCAUCUUGUGAUAGUGUUCAUGGGCCGAGAAUCCGCUUCCCGUUCCGGCUGAUAGACCGGCAACCGGAGCGUUGUGGCUAUUCGGGCUUCGAUCUUUCGUGCAACAACCAAAGCCAAACAAUUCUUAGCCUUCCACUGUCUGGUGAAUUUGUAGUAGACUACAUAGACUACAUUCAGCAGGCAAUUCUUAUCAAUGAUCCUGAUCGUUGUAAUCCAAAAAAAAUUCUGAAUUUCAGUCUUUCGGGUUCUCCAUUCGAGGUUACUCGUACAAGGAAAUACACUUUCCUUAACUGCUCCACGGACGGGAUAGCAUAUGAUCUUGAACUUUUCCCAUUGAAUUGCCUUAGUGGCGAAAACUACACUGUAAUGGCUACGCCUUCUGAUUCGUCAGCUCAACAAAUUCCACCGUCCUGUAUCAAGAUAUCUAGUCCUUCAUUUCCCCCACUACGCUACGUUUCUCAGUACUUGUCAUCAAUGGAACUCAAGGAGGAUUUUCAGUUGACAUGGAAUGAACCUCGAUGCAGAUCUUGUGAAGCUAAUGGUCGGAUUUGUGGGUUCAAAGGCAAUACAGCUCUUGAAGUUGGUUGCUCAAGACCUCUUAAUCGUGGUCUUCCCAGAAGUGCCAAAUAUGGGAUUAUCAUUGGCGUUGGGAUACCAGGACUCUUGUGCUUAAUUGGACUUGCGUGUUUCGCAUUUGCUAGGAUCAGGGCUUUCAGUCACCGCGGUCGUUUAAACUCUAGCGAGCUCCCUACCAUCACAAUCUCUCAGCAGCCAGUGGUCAGAGCUGCUGGCCUUGAUGGGCCAACCAUUGCUUCUUAUCCGAAGACAGUGCUUGGCGAGAGCAGGAGGCUUCCGAAGCCUAGUGAUGGCACUUGUCCGAUAUGCCUAUCCGAUUACGAGCCCAAGGAGACAUUGAGGUCCAUUCCAGAGUGCAAUCACUAUUUUCAUGCCAAUUGCAUAGAUGAAUGGCUUAAGCUCAACGGCUCAUGCCCCGUAUGCCGCAAUUCACCGGAGAGUUCAAUUGGGACGCCUUGCUCGUCAUUUUCAUUUUCAUCGUCGGACCAUCGUUAG